AUGUCAUCUGACCUCACUACCAUCUCCCAUUAUUACAGGUCAUCUGACCUCACUACCAUCUCCCAUUAUUACAUGAAAUCUGACCUCAUUGCCAUCUCCCAUUAUUACAUGUCAUCUGACCUCACUACCAUCUCCCAUUAUUACAUGUCAUCUGACCUCACUACCAUCUCCCAUUAUUACAUGUCAUCUGACCUCACUACCAUCUCCCAUUAUUACAUGUCAUCCGACCUCACUACCAUCUCCCAUUAUUACAUGUCAUCUGACCUCACUACCAUCUCCCAUUAUUGCAUGUCAUCCGACCUCACUACCAUCUCCCAUUAUUACAUGUCAUCUGACCUCACUACCAUCUCCCAUUAUUGCAUGUCUUCUGACCUCACUACCAUCUCCCAUUAUUACAUGUCAUCCGACCUCACUACCAUCUCCCAUUAUUACAUGUCAUCUGACCUCACUACCAUCUCCCAUUAUUACAUGUCAUCUGACCUCACUACCAUCUCCCAUUAUUACAUGUCAUCUGACCUCACUACCAUCUCCCAUUAUUACAUGUCAUCUGACCUCACUACCAUCUCCCAUUAUUACAUGUCAUCUGACCUCACUACCAUCUCCCAUUAUUACAUGUCAUCUGACCUUACUACCAUCUCCCAUUAUUAA